AUGAAAGAUGGACGUACCGGUGCUGAUCACUGUAGACCAGAUAUUACCCAACAUUCCUCAGGCUGUGAUGAUUUACAGCCAAAUAUUAUGAAAUGCAAGUGUGACUCACCGUACACAUGGAAUUCAGUUCAAGAAAUUUGCGAUUAUAAAAUUAGUUGCAAAACUAACUUGAUGAAAGAUGGCAAAACAGGUGAACAACAUUGUAGGCCUGAUAUUACCCAACACUCUAUAGGCUGUGACGAUUCAACUGGUGUUUUAAAGUGCAAAUGCGAGUCUCCCUAUACCUGGAAUACAGAUAAGGAAAGUUGCAUGUAUAAAAUAAGUUGCAGUAUUGAUAGGAUGAAAGAUGGACGUACAGGUGAUGAUCACUGUAAGCCUGAAAUAACCCAAUACUCUAUAGGCUGUGAUGAUUCAAACGGUUCAUUGAAAUGCAAAUGUUUGUAUCACUAUAUAUGGGACUCGGAUAAGGAAAUGAUAACAAAACAGGUACCGACUAUUGUAGACCAACUGUUACGCCCCAUAGUAUUGGUUGCGAUGAUCGGGGAGGUGUCGUCCGAUGCAAGUGCGACCCGACUACCGAUUGGGACAGUCAUAGUCUAA